GCUUUUGGGGUCCCCACGUGCCCCAAACCCCCCCAGGAGGAGGAGAACCGGCUGCGGGAGGAGCUGCGCCAGGAGUGGGAGGCCAAGCAGGAGAAGAUCAAAAACGAGGAGAUUGAGAUCACCUUCAGCUACUGGGACGGCUCCGGGCACCGGCGCACGGUGAAGAUGAAGAAGGGCAACACGAUGCAGCAGUUCCUGCAGAAGGCGCUGGAGAUCCUGCGCAAGGACUUCAGUGAGCUACGCUCGGCCGGGGUGGAGCAGCUGAUGUACAUCAAGGAGGAUCUGAUCAUCCCCCACCACCACAGCUUCUACGACUUCAUUGUCACCAAGGCGCGGGGCAAGAGCGGGCCCCUCUUUAACUUCGACGUCCACGACGAUGUCCGGCUCCUGAGCGACGCCACCGUUGGAGAAGGACGAGUCGCACGCCGGGAAGGUGGUGCUGCGGAGCUGGUACGAGAAGAACAAACACAUCUUCCCCGCGAGCCGGUGGGGAGCCCUACGACCCGAGAAGAGGUGGGACAAGUACACGAUCCGAUGAGCCCCCCAGAGCCCCGACAAGGGGGGCUGGGCCCCUCCCCCCACCUCCUGCCCGCCAAGUGUGGGGCUGGGGGGGGGGGCGCCCCUCCCCCCACCCUUCUUUUCAAUGUGCGAAUAAACCCCCCGAGUUUCAUCCCAAAUUUGUGCUUCUAUUUGGGGGGGGGAAGGAGUAGAAUGGGGGGGCUGGCCCCAAACUGGGGGUGGGGAGGAAAGGGGGGUCACUGCCCCCCCCAGUGA